AUGUUCAUGGCUUGCAGUAAUCCCAAGAAAGAUAUCGAUCGAAUCAAAGGCCCAUGGAGUCCUGAAGAAGAUGACAUGCUUCAACAGCUUGUUGAUAAACAUGGCCCUAGAAAUUGGUCUCUUAUCGGAAAAUCUAUACCUGGUAGAUCCGGGAAAUCCUGCCGGUUACGGUGGUGCAACCAGCUUUCGCCACAGGUGGAGCACCGGGCCUUUACGGAGGAAGAAGAUGAGACGAUUCUUCGUGCUCAUGCUCGCUUUGGAAACAAGUGGGCGACGAUUGCGCGGUUGUUGUCUGGCCGGACGGAUAACGCCAUUAAAAACCACUGGAACUCGACCUUGAAAAGGAAGUGUUCGUCUAUGACGAAUGAAGAGUUUAAUGAGUUUUCUAUUCAACAGCCUUCGUUAAAGCGAUCGGUGAGUGCCGGGUCGGCGGUUCCUGUUUCGGGUCGUUAUUUUAAUCCGGGUAGUCCGUCGGGAUCCGACGUGAGUGAUUCCAGUGUGGCUGCGAUUUCGUCGUCGCAUGUAUACCGGCCAGUCGCGAGGUCCGGCGCGGUGGUUACUUCGCAAAUCGAAGUCGCGACGUCGUCUCCUCCGCCGCCGCCACCACCACCGUUGCCGAAGGAUCCUCCUACUUUGUUAAGCUUAUCGCUUCCAGGAGUUGAACCAAAAGAGUCGACAUCCACCGCGACCCCGAUGCUGUUAAUGCCACCAAAACCGGUGGCGAGUCAGUUACCACCACCGCCACCGCCUCCACCUCCUCCGAUCCCCAUCCAAGCCAUGCCGUUACGACAAGUUCCGAUCGAUCGUCAACAAAACCUUAGCCUAAACAACACCGACCUCAUGUCAUCGAUCCCGAUGGCGAUUUCAACGGCGAUGCUUCAGCUUAAAGUAUCCCGAGAUCCGGUGGCGGCUGUAGGUCAACCGGAGAAAUCUUUCACGCCGUUCAGUGCCGAGUUUUUGUCUGUGAUGCAAGAAAUGAUAAGGACGGAGGUGAGGAAUUACAUGACGACCGUAGAACAACAUAACCCACAACAAAGAUCCGGCGACGGUGGCGGAAUGUGCAUGAAACAGGCGGCGAGUGGCGUCGGCGAAGGGUUUAGGAACAAAGCGGUGGUGAAGAGAAUCGGAAUUAGCAAGAUCGAUUAGGCAUAGAUUUAUUUAUAGGCGAUGAUCGGAGCCGGCGGCCCUGAGGCCCUGAAAAAUUGAGACGAUGAUCGGAGAAAAGGGAAAGAAACGAUCUUUGUUGCAUUUCUCUCUGUUAAUUAUAUAAAUAUGCCCAAGAAAAGACUAAAAAAGAAGAAAUAAUUAUGUACAGGGUAAUAUUUGGAAAUGUAAGAGAAAUAGAAGGGGUUAAAAUGGAGGUUUACAAAAAAGGCCCUCCUUUUGGAUUUCAAUCUUGGUGGGUGUUUUUGAUAUUUGUUUCUAACCCCAAUUUGAUCAUGUUCAAGAUUUGAUAUUGGUUUGUUUGA